AUUCAGUAAAGUAAGUCGAUGAGUGCGCGCUGGUCGGUCCGGUUAUUGUGCAGAAUCGUGUUGGAUCGCUGUUUUGUUAUGUAAUUCUCUCCCUCUUUCCCUUCCAAUUUUAUUUUUCCGCUCCCAUCCUCCCUUUCGAAAAACCCUCUCACUAUUCUCUCACAGAGAUCGCCAUCGUCGAUCGUCGAAAUUCGAUCGAUCGAAAUCUCUUGUGUUUUCCUUUUCUCUUUUUUUUCUCCCUCUCUCUCUCUCUCUUCUUCUACUCUUCCUUUUCUUUUUCUUUUCUUUUCUUCUCUUUUCUUUUUUGAAUACAUCUGCUGCACCAUCAGGGACAAAACGUAACUCGCCUUCAGAAUGGGGGCGAUGUUCAGGAGCGAGCAGAUGGCGCUCUGCCAGCUGUUCAUUCAGCCAGAGGCGGCCUAUCUUUCUGUUUCCGAGCUUGGAGAAACGGGCACGGUGCAGUUUCGUGAUCUCAACGGCGAUGUGAACUAUUUUCAACGGAAGUUCGUGAACGAGGUGCGUCGAUGCGACGAGAUGGAGAGGAAGCUUCGUUACAUCGAGGCCGAGGUGAGGAAAGACGGAGUGCCGAUCGUCGACAAUCUCACGGAACUGCCACGGGCACCGAAUCCACGUAUGAUCAUAGAUCUCGAGGCCCAUCUCGAGGAAACGGAGAACGACAUAUUAGAGCUGAGCCAAAACGCGGUGAACCUGAAGAGUAACUACCUCGAGUUGACGGAAUUACGGCAUGUGCUCGAGAAGACCCAAGUAUUUUUCACGGAGAAUCAAGAUUCGUAUCUUCUUCUAUAUCAACAGGAAGAGGCCAAUGACUCGAUCACCAGGACGCUAAUAAACGAGGAACCACAGAAUCCGAACACGACGAUUAGGGGACGUCUUGAAUUCGUUGCUGGGGUAAUAAACCGAGAACGAGUACCAGCUUUCGAGAGAAUGUUGUGGCGAAUAUCCCGUGGAAACGUGUUUCUGCGCCAGGCUGAGCUUGACAAACCAUUAGAAGAUCCAGCUACUGGCAAUCAGAUAUUUAAAACGGUGUUCGUCGCAUUUUUCCAAGGAGAACAGCUGAAGAGCCGCAUAAGAAAAGUGUGCACCGGUUUCCACGCCUCUUUGUAUCCAUGCCCUCAUAGCCACGCGGAACGUCAAGAAAUGGUGAAGGGCGUUCGAACGAGGCUGGAAGAUUUGAACUUGGUUUUGAAUCAAACGCACGAUCAUCGUCAACGCGUUUUACACAACGUGGCCAAGGAAUUGCCCAAUUGGGCGAUUAUGGUUCGAAAGAUGAAGGCGAUUUAUCAUACGAUGAAUCUGUUCAACGUUGACGUAACAAAAAAGUGCCUUAUAGGAGAAUGUUGGGUGCCUGUAUCGGAUCUUACCAUCGUUAGAGACUGCCUUAACGAAGGAUCGCGUCUGUGCGGUAGUUCGAUACCAUCUUUCCUCAAUGUUAUCUACACGAACGAAAAUCCUCCGACGUUUAACAGGACGAACAAGUUCACCAGAGGUUUUCAAAACUUGAUCGACGCGUAUGGCGUGGCGUCGUACCGCGAAGCUAAUCCAGCCCUUUACACGAUUAUCACUUUUCCCUUUCUAUUUAGCAUCAUGUUCGGCGAUUUUGGACAUGGUAUAAUUAUGACUCUGUUCGCUCUGUUUAUGAUCGUGAAGGAGAAGAAGUUUAUGGCUGAAAAAACAACGAACGAAAUUUGGAAUAUAUUUUUCGCCGGACGUUACAUUAUCCUUCUCAUGGGUUUGUUUUCCAUUUACACUGGCAUCAUCUAUAAUGACGUAUUCUCAAGAUCAAUAAACAUAUUCGGGUCUAGUUGGGACAUACAGUUCGACAAUAAAACAAUCAUGAAUAAUGAGCUUAUGGAAUUGGACCCGGCCAAAAAUGAUUACAAACAGUACCCUUAUCCAUUGGGUAUGGAUCCAGUUUGGGUGCUUGCCGAGAACAAGAUCAUAUUCUUAAAUUCGUACAAAAUGAAGCUGUCCAUCAUCUUCGGUGUCGUGCAUAUGAUAUUUGGCGUGUUCAUGAGUACCAUUAAUAUUAUGUAGACAUUUCAAGAAUACUCGAGCCUUUUCUUAGAAUUCUUGCCACAACUGCUUUUCCUUGUUGUAUUAUUUCUCUACCUGGUAGCCUUAAUGUUUGUUAAAUGGGUCUUAUACAGUCCCACUUCGCCAGACAUGGCGUAUACUCCUGGCUGUGCACCAUCGAUAUUGAUCACGUUUAUUAAUAUGAUACUGAUGGGUCAUGCCCAAGUGCGCGAAGGUUGUUCAGAGUACAUGUUUCCCGGCCAGACCACUCUUCAGCUCGCUUGUGUCGUAAUUGCAGCGUUAUGCGUGCCCGUGAUGCUGUUUGGAAAACCACUUUUUUUCUUAUUGCACAAAAAAAACGCACAGGCGGGAAAAGUCAUGAGCGAUGGAAUCGCGUCCCAAGACAUUGAGUUGCAAAGUAAAGGGUUGCAAAAUAAUCCGUCGACCAGCGAUGCAACUGAUGAACACGAGGACGAGUCGUUCGGCGAAGUAAUGAUACACCAGGCAAUUCACACUAUAGAAUACGUUCUCUCAACGAUAUCACACACUGCCUCUUACCUACGUUUGUGGGCUUUGUCGUUGGCCCACGGACAACUUUCCGAAGUUUUGUGGUCAAUGGUUCUACGUAAGGGUUUACUCGCUGCCGAGGGUAAUUAUGUGUCGGCCGUCAUGCUAUUUUUCGUGUUCGCCGCAUGGGCCUCUUUCACCGUUGCCAUUCUUGUCAUGAUGGAAGGCCUGUCAGCCUUCCUUCAUACACUUCGGCUUCACUGGGUGGAGUUUAUGAGCAAAUUCUACGAUGGCCAAGGUUAUCCAUUUCAACCAUUUUGUUUUAAAUCUAUUCUAGACGCCGAAGAUUCCGAAGACUAGACUACUGCUGUGAUCCUCAGCAAUAAUUAUAAUUAGAUAUAUCUAUCGUGUUAAAAACGGAAAGACUUGUUUUUAUUUUAUAAACAAAUUAACAAAUAUCGAACGAAUUAUAUACGAAUUGGAAGGAUAUGUUUUUGAAAAUUUUUAAACUAAGUAUUUUUGACGAAAAAAA